CCUGAAGGCCAUCAGCCCGAAUUCACAAAGAAGCCCCCAGCUGUGAUCAAUCUAAAAGCUGGCCAAACUUUUGCUGUAGAGGCUGAAGUAAACGGGCAACCUGAACCAAACGUAUCUUGGUACAAAAGUGGUCUUGAGAUCGUGCCAGAUCAUCGACAUCGCUUUGAACGGGGACCGGAAGUCGGUCAGGUCCGUCUGGUACUUUGUCCGUGUGACCUGGAGGAUGAGGGCGACUAUCAAGUGGUUGCCACCAACACCUUCGGCAUCGCUAAAGUAUACAUUCGUAUCACCGUAUCAUCGCCACAGCGAUCACCAUCUCCACUGGCACCGACCCAUUUGGUCCCGGUGUUCCAUCCUCCAGCUCAAGAAGUUCCUGCUCAACCUGCAUUUCAAGCCAUGUAA